CGACACAGCAACUCUUGGCUCCGCCUCUGUCCACGUGCCCCUGCAACUAAGUGUGUGCGCGUUCCCGCUCCCCUGUGGCCGCGCUCAGCCUGAGCUUGUCCCAGUUGUUGUGGCCUUGCUGGCUUUGCUCACCUAUUCUGUCCUGGCAGAGUGAUCGCCGAACUGUUCCCGUUCCAUAUCAAAAACGUUUUGCAUCUGUGGGUCCAGCAGCAGCAAAAGUGAGGGCCGGAUCAGCUCUCCCCGAACCCCUCCUCAAUCCAGGGGGGAUGAGCGGCUCCCGGAAUAACCGGGUGAUGGUGGAGGGUGUGGGGGCGCGGGUUGCGCGGGGCCCGGAUUGGAAAUGGGGGAAACAGGACGGAGGAGAGGGUCACGUGGGCACAGUACGGAGCUUCGAAAGCCCCGAAGAGGUGGUGGUGGUCUGGGACAAUGGCACCGCUGCCAAUUACCGCUGCUCCGGGGCCUACGACCUGAGGGUGCUGGACAGUGCUCCUACUGGCGUUAAACAUGAUGGAACAAUGUGUGAUACAUGCCGCCAGCAGCCCAUUAUUGGAAUCCGUUGGAAAUGUGCUGAAUGUACUAACUAUGAUCUAUGCACUGUGUGCUACCAUGGGGAUAAGCAUCACCUUAGACAUCGCUUUUACAGGAUCACAACACCAGGAAGUGAGCGGGUUCUGCUUGAGUCUCGACGCAAGUCAAAGAAGAUUACAGCAAGAGGUAUCUUUGCAGGUGGUAGAGUAGUGCGUGGUGUAGAUUGGCAGUGGGAAGACCAAGAUGGUGGAAAUGGAAGGAGAGGCAAAGUAACCGAAAUCCAAGACUGGAGUGCAUCAAGCCCACACAGUGCAGCAUAUGUCCUGUGGGACAAUGGAGCAAAAAAUCUGUAUAGGGUUGGAUUUGAAGGCAUGUCUGACCUGAAAUGUGUCCAGGAUGCUAAAGGUGGUUCUUUUUACAGAGACCAUUGUCCUGUCUUAGGUGAGCAGAAUGGUAAUCGAAAUCCAGGUGGCCUGCUUAUCGGGGAUCUAGUUAAUAUUGACUUAGAGUUGGAAAUUGUUCAGUCAUUGCAACAUGGUCAUGGAGGCUGGACUGACGGCAUGUUCGAAACCCUAACCACUACUGGUACUGUGUGUGGUAUUGAUGAAGAUCAUGAUAUUGUAGUGCAGUACCCCAGUGGAAACAGGUGGACAUUUAACCCAGCUGUUCUCACCAAGGCAAAUGUUGUUCGCAGUGGUGACGCUGCUCAAGGUGCAGAAGGUGGGACAUCACCUUUUCAAGUUGCUGAUCUUGUACAAAUAUGUUAUGACUUAGAGAGAAUAAAACUUCUUCAAAGAGGCCACGGUGAAUGGGCAGAAGCUAUGCUACCAACUCUAGGCAAAGUUGGCAGAGUACAACAGAUUUAUUCAGACAACGAUUUGAAAGUUGAAGUUUGUGGGACAUCUUGGACAUAUAAUCCAGCUGCUGUUUCAAGAGUUGCCUCCGUGGGAUCAGCCAUUAGUAAUGCUUCUAAUGCUAGUAAUGCUACUGGUGAAAGACUAUCACAGCUUUUGAAGAAAUUGUUUGAGACUCAGGAAUCGGGCGACUUAAACGAGGAGCUGGUGAAAGCAGCCGCAAAUGGAGAUGUGGCCAAAGUGGAUGACUUGCUCAAAAAACAGGAUGUAGAUGUUAAUGGACAAUGUGCUGGACACACAGCAAUGCAAGCUGCAAGCCAGAACGGACAUGUAGAUAUCCUGAAAUUGCUUCUAAAGCACAGUGUAGAUGUAGAAGCUGAGGAUAAAGAUGGAGAUCGGGCAGUGCACCAUGCAGCUUUUGGAGACGAAGGCACUGUUAUUGAAGUGCUGCACAGAGGAGGAGCAGAUUUAAAUGCACGGAACAAGCGCAGACAGACGCCACUUCAUAUUGCAGUUAACAAAGGCCACCUGCAAGUUGUAAAAAAAUUAUUGGAUUUUAGCUGCCACCCAAGCCUACAGGAUUCAGAAGGUGAUACUCCACUCCAUGAUGCUAUUAGCAAAAAACGUGAUGAUAUAUUGGCUGUGUUGUUAGAGGCUGGAGCAGAUGUUACCAUCACAAACAACAAUGGAUUUAAUGCACUUCAUCAUGCUGCAUUGCGGGGAAAUCCCAGUGCUAUGCGAGUCCUGAUCUCCAAGUUACCUCGGCCGUGGAUCGUAGAUGAAAAGAAAGAUGAUGGAUACACUUCUUUGCACCUUGCUGCACUCAAUAAUCAUGUGGAAGUAGCAGAGUUAUUAGUUCAUCAGGGAAACGCAAGCCUGGACAUUCAGAAUGUAAACCAGCAGACUGCUCUUCACUUGGCUGUGGAACGUCAGCAUACGCAAAUUGUCAGACUGUUGGUUCGUGCAGAAGCUAAACUGGACAUCCCAGAUAAAGAUGGCGAUACACCAUUACAUGAAGCCCUUCGGCACCAUACUUUGUCACAGUUACGACAGCUUCAAGACUUGCAGGAUGUUGGCAAGGUUGAUACUACAUGGGAACCAUCAAAGAACACGUUAAUAAUGGGACUUGGCACUCAAGGAGCUGAGAAGAAAAGUGCAGCCUCCAUAGCCUGUUUUUUGGCAGCCAAUGGAGCAGAUCUUACAAUCCGUAACAAAAAAGGACAGUCCCCUCUUGAUCUCUGUCCAGACCCUAACCUUUGCAAAACUUUGGCUAAAUGUCACAAGGAGAAAUCCAGCGGUCAAGUUGGAUCCCAUAGUCCAUCUAUAAACAAUGACUCUGAGACAUUAGAAGAAUGCAUGGUGUGCUCAGAUUUAAAGAGAGAUACUCUUUUUGGGCCUUGUGGGCAUAUUGCUACAUGUUCUCUAUGUUCUCCACGUGUUAAGAAAUGUCUCAUAUGCAAAGAACAAGUACAGUCAAGGACUAAGAUAGAAGAAUGUGUGGUGUGUUCCGAUAAAAAGGCAGCAGUGCUCUUCCAGCCUUGUGGCCAUAUUUGUGCUUGUGAAAACUGUGCAAGUCUAAUGAAGAAAUGUGUUCAGUGCCGUGCAGUGGUUGAGCGCAGAGUGCCUUUUGUUAUGUGUUGCAGUGGAAAGGGUACAGAGGAUGUCGAGGAAGAUAUAGCCGGCGGAAACAUACAAGCUUUACAGAAGGACAAGGACAAUACCAAUGUCAAUGCAGAUGUGCAGAAGCUGCAGCAGCAGUUACAGGACAUAAAAGAACAGACCAUGUGCCCUGUUUGUUUGGAUCGAUUGAAGAAUAUGAUCUUCAUAUGUGGACACGGAACUUGCCAACUUUGCGGAGACCGAAUGAGUGAAUGCCCCAUUUGUCGGAAGGCCAUAGAGCGAAGAAUAUUAUUAUACAGUAUGUCUUGUUAGGAGAGAGAAAACCUUCAUAUAAAGAUUCUGAGCUGUUGAGCUACCAAAGAGAGAACAAAGAAGCUAAUUGAGAUACUGCAUUGUGACUUUCUCAUUCUGAAUAUAGGCAUGUCCAUAUCUACCUGUUGCCCUUGUUACUGUGCUUAGUGAUGCAUUUCUUUUUUACUUGCUGCUUCUGAUCAUGUUCACAACUUCUGAUAUUCAAAGAAAGUGCCUAAAAUACUCCAAUAUAACCAAUAACAUUUCUUACAGAAUUAAUGAACUUAACAUAAAGCACAACAUUUAAUCCG